UGCUAUCCAAAGCGAUGCGAGCAUUGAGAUAUAAAAUAUAUCUCUAUAUGCAUAGUACAAAGUUCCCAUGCCGUAUAUGUAUUCCACAGAGGCUUUCCGGAAUAUCUGCGAAAAUGGUCGAAUUUCAGCCGGCGAUUGAGCUUCCAGUGUCAAAAGAGAAAUUAGAGGAAUUAACUGAAGACACGAAGGAUCGGGCGUAUGCCAUGGGGGUACUGUUCCGUCCCUCCAAGCAGACGGUACAUGGACCCAUUACGCUGCUCCCAUCCACCUUCCCGAGACUUCUCUACAACAAGGCAAUGCAGUUACAGGCCGAUAUCAAUCUCCUUAUGCUGGGGAUCAGCAAAGACGAUGAUUUUCUCAAAGCAGCUCUUAGAAGUGUAUUCCCCGUUGAUGAAUUCACAAGGCGCCUUUAUGAAGUGCAUCAACAAGUUAAAAGAGAAGGAUACAAGAAGCUUUUCAGACUUUGUAUCAACCGGACGGACUAUAUGGUGGAUUGCAAGGAGAAAGAUGGCGAACCUUUCCUGGACCUAUCCAUGGUAGAGAUUAACACCAUAGCAGCAGGGUGUCCAGCUCUCAGUACAAGAUUAGUAGAUGUACAUAGGUUUAGUUUAGAGCAGCUUGGUAUGAGUAGAGAGAAGGUAUUAGAUCGUGUACCGGGCAACUACGGAAUGGAAGGGGUAGCAGAUGGUAUGGUGACGACGUGGCGAUUAUACGGAGAAACAAAAGCAGUCAUAUUAUUUGUUGUACGACCAGAAGAGAGCAACAAAUUUGAUCAGAGAUGGAUAGAGUACGGUAUCAAGGAGCUUGAUGAUCGGGUGAAGGUCAUUAGAAGGACACUACCAGAGAUAGGCCAACGAGCCGAACUACGGGGAGACGAGAGAAGAUUAUUCAUAGAUGAUAUGGAAGUUGCAAUUCUUUACUAUCGAACUGGAUACUCGCCCAUCGAUUAUCCGACAGAACUGGAGUGGAAGGCAAGGUUGUUAGGUGAGCGAUCCAGGGCGGCUGUAUGUCCUUCUGUGUCUGAACAGCUAGCAGGGACCAAAAAGAUUCAACAAGUACUCGCCGAGCCUGGCUCGGUCGAAAACUUUAUCGAAGGAAGGGAGAGAGUGGACAAUAUACGGAGCGUUUUCUCAGGACAUUACACACUGGAUCUAACACCGGAUGGUGACGACGCGGCAAAGAAUGCUAUUGCAAACCCAAUGAAGUAUGUUAUGAAGCCACAGAGAGAAGGUGGAGGAAAUAAUCUGUUCGGAGAGGAGAUAAAGCAAGCCUUAGAAAAGCUCGGCGGAUCACCAGAGAGGGCAGCCUAUAUGCUGAUGGACAAGUUCAAUCCGCCAGUCAAUCUUAAUUAUUGCAUGAAGUAUGGAAACGCGGAUAUUCAACUUGGGAAAGUGGCUAGUGAGUUUGGUCCCUUCGGAACAUUAGUGAGCCACAACGAUGAAGUGGUCUUCAAUAAGACAACUGGGUAUCUCUACCGAGCCAGAGACAUCGGCCUGAACGAAGGAGGGCUUAUGACCGGAACAGGAUUUCUGGACACACCUUAUCUUUCUGAUUCUCCCCAAGCUGUGCAAAAUGGAGUAGACAGAAUCAUAAAAUGAAUAGAACAUGGAUUCACUUCAUGGACACAUACACUAUAUGUGACUGAGUUUGGUCACUACAUCUGUCAGAGUCUCCCGGAGUAGUCCAACAUUGUAAACACGCUGUUUUAAAUUUUAAGCACAUCACUGUAACAACUAUUGUUCGACAUUUUAAACAACCGAAUUUUUAUAUUUUUUCCAAACGUUCUGACUUAAAGUUGUAACAACUUGUCUGAAGAAUUUAAACAAAAGUUUAAUGAUAGUUGCUAGAGUAACAGGUUAAAAAAACGUGCCUGAAAUUUUAAACAGUGUUUUUUUUCAGUGAAAAUGGCUCAAUGGAAUAGUUCCAACUCAUAGACAAGUCUUGCCUGAUUUUGCAAUCAAUGAAAUAUGCAAUGUGAUCUUUCGACCCAUAGAUGACCUUUGACCUAAUGAUCCUUAAGAACACAUGUGUGGUAUUACCUAGUGAUGAUGAUUUGUACCAAGUGCAAACACAAUAGAUGCAGAAAUCAAGAAAUGUGAGCAAGUUUAACAAAAACUUUAUAAAAGGAUGGACAUGACCUCAUAUCUUUUGACCCCUAGAUGAAGUUAUCAUCCUCAUGAACACACAUGUGGUAUCACCCAAGGAUCAUUUGUACCAAGUGAUGAAGAAAUGAGAGCAAAAACCUGACCUUUUGACCCCUAGGCGACCUUUGACUCAAUCAUCCUCAAGAACAAAUUAGGUAUUACCCAAUGAUCAUUUUUACCAAGUGUAAACACUAUUGAUGCAGAAAUAUAUACGGAAAUGAGAGCAAUUUGAACAAAAUUUGACAUUUGGACCCUUAGAUGACCUUUGACACCAUCAUUCUAAAUAACACAUAUGUGAUAUUACCCAAGGAUUCUGAGGGCAGCUCAGAAGUCAUCAAGGAUGGCCUUAAGUUCCCACUGUCUUUUUAUAAGGACUAUAUCCUACCUAGUUCCAACAUGCCCACAAACUUUGAAAACAUAUUUAAUGCUAAAGAGUAGAGGAAUCGUUAAUGAUUUAGUCUAUUCCAGUAAGAACAUACAGAAAGAAUAUUUUUUUCACCAAAGAAUAAAUUAAUAUCUAAAAAAAAAACAUGCUGUAUACAUUCCAUUGUGAAAGACAGUUACUUUAGUUUUACAGUGUUUGAUCCAAAUGUAUGAUGAAUUAUAAUAUUAUGAAUAAUGAUAAAUUUAUCAUGUUAAACAGGGUCUGCUGGUAGAUGAGAUAUUGGAAUUGAAGUGGGUACCCUGGGUAAAAUAGUUUCUUCUCUUCUCAUUCUUCUUAUUAUUAUUACUUCUAUUAAUCAAAUUGUAAUAGACAAUAUGUUUCAACAGCUGUUGUGACUACAGACAAGUCAAGUUGAAUGAGGGCUAAAAUCAACUCAUGAAAUCAAUACAUUCUUUUCAUUUUCUUUUCAUAUAAUGUCUUAUCAUUUUGAGUAGAUUUUGGUAAAGUUUUGUUUGAUUUCAUUCAAUCAUGAUUUCCAAGUAUAUAUUUUAACAAACAAGUACAUGUAGUAUUUCUCAUGAACAGAUGAUUUCAAUCCUUAAUCAAAUAUGUUCAUCGUCAGAGUGCAUGUUUAGAAGUAAAAAAAUCUUAUCUUCAAUUAGAGAGAAAUGAUGUAUUGGGCUUGGUACAUUUUGACAAAGAUUCUCUGUCAAACCUCCUCCUUUAUUCCUCUUCAUCUCCUUUUCUCCCUUCUCAUUCAUUGUAUUGCCCCCUUUUCAUUUUUUUUCUUCUCUUCUUUUUUUUUCAACCUCACACCUUCAUUACAAAUCAUACACUUGUCGACAUCAACUGAGUCCUGUAUUACAAAGAGUUGUGAUUGAUCCAACCGACCACAACCAUGGAAAAACAGCAUGUCACCAUCUAAACAACAAUUUGUUCAAAAUAUUUUCUAGAUAUGAUGUAUACAUAAUCAUAUAUUCAUCAUUCUCUUGGAAAUUCAGUGUGAUUCUCAGUUUAAUAAGGAGAUUCAGCUAAUUUCCUUUAGAAAAAAUUAUGGUAUGAAUGGAUUUCCAACUGUUGAGAUUGAUUGGAUCAAUUGUAACUCUUUGUUAGACGGGGGCCCAGAUUUUUAAAAAACUGUUUUGAGGAGUUUUCAAAAAAGUUUGUCAGCCAGUAAAGUCAUACAUAGUCUAAGCAUAUAACCACUGACAAAAAGACUGAAUAUUUGGUCGACUUUCAACCAUGAACAAGGGCGUAGGCUGGGGAAGGGUGCACGCGCACCCUCUCGCUGAGACAGAGGAUUUCCGACCACUGGCAAGUAAAACAAAAUUUGUACCCCUUCUGCUGCAAUCAAUAGCUGAUUUUCCAAACUUUAGUUCCACCUCUCCAAGAUUUGCACCCCCAAACCACUUUAGUUUUCACCUCUCCAGGAUGUGUACCUCCCCAUGCUCAAACCAGCCUACGCCCUUGAUGAAUUACAUCACUUGUGUAACUGACUUAACAAUGUGAGAAUAUAUCAAACACAGUGAAGACACUAAAUUAUAAUUUAGAAAACUUAAUCGGUAUGUUAAGUAAAUAAAUCAUGUUUUAUUCAUAAAUCAAUGAAUCAGAUAUACAUAUCAAAAGUUAAUCACAUACAAUAUAAAGACUCCCGAUGGUAAUUAUAAAAUAUUUGCACAGAAAAAGAAUCAGACCAUAAUGGAAAUAAUGGUAAGAAAUUACAAAAUUCAAACAGGGCCAAGUCCAAUCUAAUAUCAAAUUGUUUGAAUAAACAAAUGAAAUUUAACAUUCCAGUAAAUAUUCAAUUAUUUCAUUUCAUUUUGUUAGAAUAAUGUAAAAAGUGCUUUCCCUUGCAACAUGUUGAAUGAUCCUAACAUUAACUUAUUUUGAUGUCAGACCGUUACAUAAUAGACUUGGUCUUUAAGUUUUAUUUCGAUCAUAAAUCAUUAUGGUUAAUCAUGAAUAUCAUUACUUUUAAUGAGUUGCAUUGCAUAAAAACUUGUAUUAGGGUAACUUUAACAUUAAAGCAACUUCCAUGGUAACAGGGCUCAGCAGCCAAUCAAAAUAUCAGUUUUAGCGGUAAUUAUUAUAAUGGCAAAGUUCUUAAAAUUAAAAGUUUUUCUUAAAAUGAUAAUUUUUUUAUGUGACCAGAUUAUAUAAUUCGAGAAAUAAAAUCGUAAUUUUUGUGCAGUACAUUGUGCUUUUUAGUCAAAAUACUAUUAGGAAAUAUUAUAUCAAUACACAUGUGUAGUUGAGAAGUACAGUUUAUUAUUUAAAAAAAACAUGUGAGAUGGGUGAUGCAAGGAAUUUGAGUCAAAAAUUGAAUGGGAAUCAACUACAAAUUUGCUUUUCAGUAUAAGACUUGUACUUGAUUUAGGGACUCACACUAGAUUUUAGAUGUGUGUUUAUUGCAAUACCCCAUAUGAUAUUUGUGCAUAAUGAUUGUCUUUUGUUUCAAGAUAUAAACAAAAUAUGUCUAUGUUUCAGGCUAUACCUUUACUUUUGUAAUGUUUUGUUGUGUAAGUGUUUUAUAUAAAGCCUAUUUUAUAUUUGCUAUUUCUUAUUAAUUUUGUGUAAAUGAAAAAAAAAGUAUGGAUACAAAAUGAACAAAAUAGAACGAAAUAGGAAUAUAAAUUUCAUACAGAAUUUUUUAGUUGUGCAAGAAACAAUGUUUACACAUUAUACUUGAAUAAAUAUAUGCAAAAUAUUUUUCUUUAAGAUUAAAAAAAAGAAUGAUAAAGAAUGAGCUAUCUUCCUUAAUUAUGCAUUUUCAUCAAGAAAUCAUCCACUGACAAAUAUUUUGGCAAGUCUUACCAAACACCAAGAAGAGAUUUAGAUUGCAUUUGAGAUUACUGAAUACAAAUUAUCUAUUACAGUUGUAUGUCAUUCAAUUCGUAUCACUUCAUAAAGAUUUAGGCCUAUGCAUAUAUUUGGCGAUCAAAUAAUAAAUGGUCUUAAGAGCAUUUUCGAGAAUAACAAGAAGACAUUCAUUUUUUCAAUAAUAAAAAUAUCAGAAUGACAUAUUUUAGAACAAAAGCAAGUUGUCAGUCUUCUAAUUAUUCUUUGAUCAUAACUAAACAAACUAUCGUCUAACAAUUUUUUUCAAUAUUAAUUUCAUAUUUCAUGUCACAGGUUAUAUAACCAUACUUAACAAAGAAGAGAAUACUAUAAAUCCCAUUGAAAAAAAAAAUGGUAAAACUUUGAAAUAUUAUUCUUUCCUAUACUGUAGCAAUACAUAGACAUCUCUUUAAGAUGAAUGAAAAUGACCUAUUGUAUAACUGAGAAACAAUUCAAUAAAGCAAAAUCGAUGAC